AUGGUUGACUCUUUUGUUAGGCAACAGCAAGAAUUGGAAGAACAACAAAGACAGGCUGAGGAGAGAAGGCAAGCUGAACUUCUCGAGCAACAGAUGGUGCAGAGAAAUCAAGCACGUUUCUGGGAAGAACAGCAAAGGCAACAAGCAGUAUCUCAGGAGCUCGCUCAGAGUCAAUUAUUAGCCGACCAAAUGCAACGGCAAGCUCAGGGGAAAAUGGCCGAAUUGGAACAGGACUUAUUGACUCUAGGAGGGCAGCAUGAGAGGGACCAAUUGAUGCUCGAGCAAUACGAUCAGAGAGUUAAAGUUUUGGAAAACGAGUUGAGGAUUGUGACACAUACGGCCGAGGAGCAAUUGGCAGUCAAGACCUCCCAAUGUUCUCAUUUGGAGGAACAGAUUCAAUACUGGAAAAAUAAGUAUGAAUCAUUAGCCAAAUUGUAUUCCCAACUUAGACAAGAGCAUUUGAGUCUUCUGGGUAAGUUCAAGGUGGUCCAACAGAAGGCUGCGUCAGCUCAAGAAUCUGUGGAAAAACGGGAGAAACUGGAGAAAGAUUUGAAAGCAAAAAAUAUUGAGUUGGCAGACUUGAUAAAGGAAAGAGAUCAUGCAAGGCUUGCUUUGGCUAGGAUAAAAGGAAGUGAUUCCGAGGAAGUUCAGCUGCUCAAGACGCAACUGAGGGAGAUGGAAUCUAAGUUAAGAUCGCUCGAAGAUACUCACUCCCAGAAC